AUGGACGACGUGAAAGAGGAGAAACCGCGAGACAGUCCCGAGGGACCCCUGGCCUCGGGCGAGCAGCAGAUUGUGAUAUCCUUGGAGGGAGAGAUUGUCAACGCCUCUGGCCACAUCGACCAGCUGAAUCGCCAGUAUGGGUUUUUGAGCAUUCUGGGUCUUGCGUUGACGGUCGACAAUGCAUGGGUCGCCCUGGGGACGUCACUCGCGGUCUCGAUCUACAACGGAGGUGCGCCCGGAGUGAUCUGGGAGCUGUGGAUUGCCGCAUUCUACUACAGCUUCAUCAACGCGUCCAUUGCCGAGCUUGCGUCCUCGGUGCCUUCCUCUGGAGGCGUCUAUCACUGGGCGACCAUCACCGCGGGACCCAAAUGGGGCCGUCCCAUGGGUUUCUUCGCCGGCUCUCUGAACUAUUUCGGUUGGCUUUUUGACCUGGCGUCCAUUGCAUACAUCAUGUCGGAACUGUGUGUGCAAAUGUACUUUUUGUACCAUCCCGACUAUGUCAUCCAGCCCUGGAAUCUGUUCGUGGGCUUGCUGUGCAUCAUCAUCCUGUGUCUGACGGUCACCAUCUUUUUCAACAACACCCUGGCGUACCUGCAGCACUUCGGCCUGUUCAUAGUCACGGUGGGCGGCAUCAUCACCAUCAUUGUCCUCGCCGGGAUGCCGUCGACGCACGCGUCCAACAGAUUCGUCUGGACAGACUUCCAGAACAACACGGGCUGGAGCGGCGGAGUGGCGUUCUUGACCGGCGUCCUCAACGGGGCUUUCACCAUCGGAACGGCCGACGGGGUGACACACAUGGCCGAAGAACUCCCCAAUCCCAAACGCGACCUGCCCAAGGCUAUCUUCGCCCAGAUCGGCCUGGGAUUCCUCUACGCCUGGUGCUUCGCCAUCGCCCUGUUCUACGGCGUCAACGACCUCACCGCGGUCCAGAACAGCAACGGGUCCUUCCCGCUCGCGCAGGCCUACUCGCAAGCGACGGGCAGCCGGGCCGCGACGUUCGGGCUGCUCUUCAUCAUCUUCCUGUCCCUCGUCCCGUGCCUGAUCGGGACGUUCUUGACCGUCGGGCGGACCUGGUGGGCGCUGGCGCGCGACAACGCGACCCCGUUCGCGGGCUUCUUCUCCCACGUCAACGAGCGGCUGAGCUGCCCCAUCGAAGCCACCCUCCUGACCGGCCUGUUGACCAUCGGGCUCUGCGCCAUCACGCUUGGCAGCAAGACCGCCUUCAACGACCUGGCCGGCUCCUUUGUCGUGCUCAGCAGCGUCUCGUACGCCGUGACCAUCCUGCCCAACAUCAUCACGCGCAGGCAGUACAUGCCCGUGGGGCCCUUUACUCUGGGCAAGUUUGGCUACCUGGUCAAUGGCCUCGCCGUGAUCUUCAUCAUCUUCUUCGACACCUUUUACUGCUUCCCCUACGCCCUCCCCACCACCGUGGCGACCAUGAACUACAACUCGGUCAUCCUCGUCGGGGUCGUCGCGCUCACCACCUUCUGGUGGUUCUUCCACGCCGUCCGCAAGUACGACGGCCCCAACGUCGGCAAGAUGAUCCAGGCGAACAUCAUGGAGGCGCGCCGUGCGUCAAAGGUAUAG